AUGCAAGGCACAGACGUCGCCCCAACAGCUGAUCAAAUCGAACUCUACGUUCCACGAAAAUGCGCUGCAAGUAACAAAAUUAUCGCAGCUAAAGAUCACGCUGCUGUUCAAUUGGACAUUGCUGAAGUCGAUGAACACACAGGUGUUGCUACAGGAAAAAAUCGUACCUAUGCACUUUGCGGCUCAAUUCGUAUGAUGGGCGAAUCCGAUGAUUCAAUUGUACGAUUGGCUACACGAGACGGAUUUAUUGGCAAAAGUUAUUAUCUUAAAGACACCAAAUGA